UUCGCAGUGAUACUUUUUCUUGCAUCUACCGUGACUGUAAACUUGGUUUGAAAAAUCUCAAGAUUCCAAACCCCCCUCAGACAAAACUCCAUAAUUUCUCAUCUCCACACGCCUUCCCGGUCGAACCCUAGGAUUGGAUUUGGUGAUUGUAGAACCCAACUCACACGCCAAAGAUAAAUAGAUAAAAACCGCCUGGUUCGUGGUUCUCUAGUUUCAGAUCAUAUUUUCCUAUUCUUUUUGGUGUUUGAAUUUAGGAUAAAGAACUUUAGGAGUUUAUUUGGAGAAGUCUAGGGUUUAGGUGGAGAUGUCUGCGGGGGUUUGCGGCAAGCGGGUCGGAUUCGAAGAAUUGUUCGGAUCUUCGUCUCCGACGUCCUGCUCUGCGGCUAAGCGAGCCAGGAGGUCCGGUUCCGGAUCGGAUUUCGGAUCCGGAUCCGAGGACUCCGUCGCAGCUUUGCUCCAAAUGUUUCCUGACUUGGAUCCCGAGUUGGUGACAACAGUUUGUACAAAUCACAAUAACAAGAUUGAAGAUGCUAUUGAGAGUCUACGAUCACUUGCCUUUACUGAUGUUAGUGCAAGAAAUAAAUCACAAAGCUUGGAUUCAACAUUUAUUGAUAAUUGUGCUGGUGUUCCUGGUCAAAGCACAGCGGCGUGGGGUCAAAUGUCGGAUCAGAGAGUUGAAGAUGUGGAGGACAUGAGAUCAACCGCUGAUUAUGGAAAUACGUCGGAGAGUUCCAAGUGGGUGGAUUUGUUUGUGCAUGAAAUGAUGAAUGCAAGAGACAUGGAUGAUGCUAGGGGACGUGCUGUUAGGAUCCUAGAGGCUUUUGAACAAAGUAUAACUGCGCCCUCGAGGGCUUCAGAGGAGCUGGAACAUGCUUCUCUAAAGGAUCAUCUGCAGAGCUUGUUAAAUGACAAUCAGAUUUUAAAGAGAGCGGUUGCCAUCCAGCACGAACGCCAUUUGGAGCAAGAAGAGAGGACAAAAGGAGUGGAACAGCUAAAGCAUGUGUUAAACCAGUAUCAAGAAAAAGUUCGAAGUUUAGAGCUGACCAACUACGGCUUGAAGCUCGAUCUGCAGCGGGCACAAGGACAAUUUCACCCACACAGAUAUUGAGGUUCUCUGUGUUUCAUCACUUAAUGUACUAUUUCCCAAGAUGCAAUUAUAUAUUAUUUAUUAUAUUACAGAAGGUUAAUUGACCGUCCGUAAGAUAUAUAGAGUAUUGUACUGAGUUUAGCCAUUAAUCUAGUCCAAGCCAAGUUCACUUUGGCAUUUUGUAUGGAAGUUCCAGAAUAACCCAAUUCAUGGUUUGAUAUGAUGCAAUUAUUUUCCUUUUUUGAAAUGGAGAAGUUUUCUUUACAAUUUCCA